CAGCGCGGGUCGGAAAGGCCUCCGGGCUGGGGCUGGCUGCACCGCGUAGUUUCCAUUGUGCCACCCGGCGAAUGGCCGGGCAGCGCGCGCGCGCACAUUCACAACACGCGAGCGCGCACACACACACACACUCCCUCGCACACGCGGAACCGGCUGGGCCAGGGGAGGAGGGAGGAGGAGGGUGACGUAGCGUCCCAUGGCGUCACAUUGACGUCUCGCAUUCCAGGCACUCUAUGGAGAGGCCGCUAGGGCUCCUGUGGCAUAAAUGACGUGCCGGGAGGACGGGCGAGCGCGCAGCCGGGAGAGCGGAGUCUCCUGGCUCCCGCCCCCCAGCCCUCCAGCUCCCGCUCCUCCUCCGCUCCCCACACACAGACGAGCUCACACCCGCUGCCUCGCUCGCACACACAGACACGCGCGCACACACGCUCCAGCGCACACACGCUCCGCUCUCUCCCGCGCGCUCACACCCCUCUCGCCCCGCGCCCUCGCGGGUGCAGCGCGGCGGCGCGGCGGCCGGACGCCCCUCCCGGGCUCACUUUGCAGCGCUGACAGCGGUGGCCGUGGAGGUGGGAGCGGCGGCGGCAUCCUUGCCCCCGGUCCUGGUCGCGGCCGGAGGAGCCGGGACGCCAGCGGAACCCCUCGGCGGCGCUCUCCCAGGAGUCGGGAUCGCAGCAUCCCCUCCUGCCAGCCGCUCGCUGCCGCCUCCGGGAGCCGCUAGACUUGGACCCCGCAGCCCCUCCGGGACAGCAGCUGUGACUCCCCCUCCCCAGCGCGGAUUUCGGGACAAGCUCUCUAGAAACUCGCUCUAAAGACGGAACCGCCACAGCACUCAAAGCCCACUGCGGAAGAGCGCAGCCCGGCCAGCCCCGGCCCGGAGACUGGACCCACCGCGGAGCUGGGCAGCACCGCCACCGCUUCGCCUGGUCGUCCGUCUCCGCCUCCUUCCCUCUCAGCCUCCGCUGGAGAGACCCACAGCCCCACCAUUCAGCGCGCAAGAUAUCCUCCAGGCCCACAUCACCUUUUUUUUCAAGUCAAGAUUUCAUCCCAUACACCCAUGACUCAAUCAGAUUUGGAAAUGUGGAUGGUGCAAACUUCCCCCAGUCCAUUUCCUGGGCCUACUUUCCCACCUCAACACCUAGCUGGCUGAAGUCAUCAGCAGGGUUCCAGCUUGUGCAGGCUGCUGGCCCUGUCUGGAAGAGUGGGAAGGGGGUGGAAGAAAAAGCGACCACAAUAUGUAUAUGCCCUGCGUGCAAGCCCAGUAUAGCCCUUCGCCUCCAGGUUCCAGUUAUGCAGCACAGCCCUACAGCGCAGACUACGCCGCGGAGAUCAUGAACCCCGACUACACCAAGCUCACCAUGGACCUCGGCGGCGGCAGCACCGACAUCACGGCCAGGGCCACCACGUCCCUGCCCAGCUUCAGCACCUUCAUGGAGGGCUACCACGAAGCCAAGCCCUCCUGUCAGUACCAAAUGCAACCCCCGGGGCCGCGACCCUUGAUCAAGAUGGAAGAGGGCCACCCGCACAGCUAUCACCACCCCCAUCUCUCCCACCACCACCACCACCAUCACCACCACCACCACCACCAUCCCCAGCAGCAGCCGCAGCCGCAGCCAGAGCCAUCCAUCCCGCCCUCCUCCUCCGGGCAGGAGGACGAGGUGCUGCCCAGCACGUCCAUGUACUUCAAGCAGUCCCCGCCGCCCACCCCCACCACGCCGGGCUUCCCCCCGCAGGCCGGGGCGCUGUGGGGGGAGGACGCGCUGCCCGCGGCGCAGGGCUGCCUGGCGCCCGGCCCGCUGCUCGACCCGCCGCCGCCCAUGAAGGCGCUGCCCGGCGGCGCGCGCUUCCCGCUCUUCCACUUCAAGCCCUCGCCGCCGCACCCCGCGCCCAGCCCGGCCGGCGGCCACCACCUCCCCUACGACCCGACGGCCGCCGCCGCGCUCAGCCUGCCGCUGGGGGCCGCCGCCGCCGCGGGCAGCCCGGCCGCCGCGCUCGAGGGCCACCCGUACGGGCUGCCGCUGCCCAAGAGGACAGCCGCGCUGGCCUUCCCGCCGCUCAGCCUCGCGGCCUCCCCCGCCGCCGCGGCCGGCCUGCUCGGGGAGAGCCCCGGCCUGCCGUCGCCCCCCAUCCGGAGCUCGUCCUCCGGCGAGGGCACGUGCGCCGUGUGCGGGGACAACGCCGCCUGCCAGCACUACGGCGUGCGCACCUGCGAGGGCUGCAAGGGCUUCUUCAAGAGAACGGUGCAGAAAAAUGCAAAAUAUGUUUGCCUGGCAAAUAAAAACUGCCCUGUAGACAAGAGACGUCGAAACCGGUGUCAGUACUGUCGUUUUCAGAAGUGUCUCAGCGUCGGAAUGGUUAAAGAAGUUGUCCGUACAGAUAGUCUGAAGGGGAGGAGAGGUCGGCUGCCUUCAAAACCAAAGAGCCCGUUACAGCAGGAACCUUCUCAGCCCUCUCCACCUUCUCCUCCGAGCUGUAUGAUGAAUGCCCUCGUCCGAGCUUUAACAGACUCAACGCCCAGAGAACUUGAUUAUUCCAGAUACUGUUCCUCCGACCAGGCUGCUGCAGGCACAGAUGCUGAGCAUGUACAACAGUUCUACAACCUCCUGACAGCCUCCAUUGACGUCUCCAGAAGCUGGGCAGAAAAGAUCCCUGGAUUCACUGAUCUCCCCAAAGAAGAUCAGGCAUUACUUAUAGAAUCAGCCUUUUUGGAGCUGUUCGUUCUCAGACUUUCCAUCAGGUCAAACACUGCUGAAGAUAAGUUUGUAUUCUGCAAUGGACUUGUCCUGCACCGACUUCAGUGCCUUCGUGGAUUUGGGGAGUGGCUCGAUUCCAUUAAAGACUUUUCCUUAAGUUUGCAGAGCCUGAACCUUGAUAUCCAAGCCUUAGCAUGCCUGUCAGCGCUGAGCAUGAUCACAGAACGACAUGGGUUAAAAGAACCAAAGAGAGUGGAGGAGCUAUGCAACAAGAUCACAAGCAGCUUGAAGGACCACCAGAGCAAGGGGCAGGCCUUGGAGCCCCCGGAGCCCAAGGUCCUGGGAGCCCUGGUAGAACUGCGCAAGAUCUGCACCCUGGGCCUCCAGCGCAUCUUCUACCUGAAGCUGGAAGACUUGGUGUCCCCACCUUCCAUCAUCGACAAGCUCUUCCUGGACACCCUGCCUUUCUGAGGAGGAGCCGCCUGAGCAGGGAGCCGCCUCCUCUGCCCGCGAGCUGCUUGCUGAGCAGCAAAGGGUGGGGUCUGGACACCUACCAUUCCUGUCCUUCCUUCAGAGAAAAAAAAAGCAGCUCCUGACAAAAUGAAAGACUUUUUUCUUUUUCUUUUUUUCUUCUGGCACUUUUCCUUACAACCUAAAGCCAGAAAACGUGCAGAGUAUUGUGUUGGGGUUGUGUUUUAUAUUUAGGCUUGGGUUUGGGGUGGGGAGGGGGUUAUAGUUCAUGAGGGUUUUUUAAGAAAUUGCUAACAAAGCACUUUUGGAUAAUGCUAUCCCAGCAGGGGGAAGAAGAAAAAAAAAAAAAGGAUAGCAUAACUGUUUGAAAACUGUUUCCGGAGGAUACAAUUAUAGUUUCUUUGUAUUAAAAAACAAGAACAGCCAAGGGUUGUUCGCCAGGGUAGGACCUGUCUUGAGAUGAUUGCUUUAGAAUAUACUUUCCUGUAUCAAAGGGUACGUAUGUGGUGCAAACAAGGCAGAAAUCCCCUCAUCUUAAUUUCUUUCUUCCUUUAUAUUUUAACCAGUGGUGAAAGAUGGACGAUAACCUAUACAUCAGACAUCGCAAAGUGAUAAUGGCUGUUCGCUUCCAUAUACAAGUGCAAUUUUUAAAGUGCUGUCUUACUACGUCUUGUCUAUUAGCUCUCCUUUAUUUUAUACAGAAAUAAAAAGGAGGCACGUUAGCAAAGGACAAGUGCUAAUUUCCUAGCAGAGGUUUUUGUCUACCUGCCCUCUAGAUAGAACCCUUCUGAGGUAUGGUCCAUCCAAUAUUUCAGGCCAUUCUUACGGAUCCAGAUCCCUGCCCUGGCUGUCCAGCUGUCCGGAAGGGGGCUCAGAUGAUAAGGUGGAUGGCAUACAACUGUUUAGUUCCCUCAACUUCCUUCAGGUAUAGCAACUGACCGACACCGUCAUGCAGAAGCCCAGCUGUGUUCAGUGAGUCUCACGUGUUUGGUCCCUAGGUAAGAACAUGCAAAAAAAAAAAAAAAAAAAAUAGGAACUGGAUCACACAGGGUAAACACCAGGGGUAAUAAGGUUUUUAAUAUGUACAACUUAAUGUUUGUUAUCAGUGACAAAGACAAUGAUGGAGAGUAAGCAAGUCUUAUUUUUUAACAAGUAGUAUGAAUGUGAGUGCCGGAAGGAUCCAUGGGCUGCGUUUCAACAUUCCGUGCUCGUACUCCCUUUUGUAUGUUUAUACUGUUCAAUGCCAUAUUCCUGUGAGGUAAUUUGUUGCCUAGUGUUCUUAUUUGUAUAAAACAUUUGUAUGCACGUUAUAUUGUAAUAGCUUUGCCUGUAUUUAUUGCGAGACCACCAGCUCCUGGAAGCUGAGUUAAAUGGGGUGUUCACAGUGACUGGGAUACGCCAACUAGAAAUUAAAUAAGCAAAUUAUAUAUAAAUAUAGCAGGUUACAUAUAUAUAUAUUUAUAAUGUGUCUUUUUAUUAACCAUUUGUACAAUAAAUGUUACUUCCCAUGCGGUUAUUUUAUGGUUCAUUUGCAGUGACUUUUAAGGCAGUACUGUUGAGCACUUUGAUAUUAAAAAUUUUGCUUACGUUUUGCUAAAUUCAAAUAUAAUGUUUGAAGAUUUCUAGUCUAAAAGUCUUUAUAUUAUAUAUUCUGUACCAAGUCAAAAUAUGUUUGGCCAUUUUGCUAAGAAACCAACUUUGAAUGUCAAACUGAUGUCACAGUAGUUUUUGUUAGCUCUGAGUCAUUUUUGCUUUUUAAAGGAAAAAUAACAAAAUUAUGCUGUUUAUAUUGUCAUUAAAUUAUACAAUCAAACAGAUGCCAAAUGAAUUGCCUAACUGCUGCAAAGAAGAAUCCAGAUAGCAAACCAUAUAUGUUUUUCCCCCCAAGAGUCAUUCUGACAGUUGAUCAUAUGUUUAUGUGAGCUUUUAUGAAAGAUUAUUAUUUUUAUAUCGAGAUGAUAGCAUCUGGAAUAUUAGGAUCUUGGAAUGGUAAAAUUUGGAAAGGGCCUGACUUGUCAGCUAGUCCACCCCAACCCCAAAAUUCAUAGAGGAGAGAAUGGACCCAGCAAAGGCUAAAGAGUUAACCAAGGUCUAAGAGCUAGUACCAGAAUCAAGUCUAGGACCUAAGUCUCUUUUCCAUAGUCUUUUUACUCAACUUACUUCAUCUAUAGGAAAACAGGCUUUUUAAACUAACCAGAAAUACUUAUAUUUUACCUAACAAUAACCGUGAGUAAAGUACUUUUUGCAUUACUUUUUUUUUCUUCAGCUUAUAUGUGAACAUAAUAAGCAUUAUUCAAUAUCAGGAAAGCUAACAUUUCAUAUAAGGUAGCUUCAGACCAAAUUCAAGUUGAAUUUGAAUGAGUUAGACAUACUGUGCAUACAUAAUCCUUUCGUGCACCAUUAGUAUUGGAAAGUCAGUCCUUGUUUUUUUUUGUCAUGUCUGAAAAAGAAAAGAAAAAGAAAACACAGAGCUCUAGAGGAAUGCUGUUCCUUUUCAUUUUUACACCCAUCAGAUUUAAGGAAGAAGACCUUUUAAUUGUAAUAUCGAUUGGUUGGAAGCAAUGAAGAAGAUUCUUAGUGAGAGACCCAGACACUUAAUGCUGAAAACAAAGAUAGCCAGCGUUCUGCUGUCUUCCAUAGUCAUUGCAACUAGGAGAGCCUGGGGAGACUCCCACGCCAUCUAUCAACUCUUUUUUUGUCUUUAUGUGGAUACACAAGUUUAUACGGAGUGGAUGACCUAACUAGCUCAGAAGAGGACAGCAAGAAUUAAAGCAGGUGAUUCCUCCCGUGGCGGGGGAGAGCUCUCAGCGUGAAGAGGCCUCCUGUGGGCAGAAGUCAGGAAUCCACCAGCUGUUAGUGGAGAGUGCCUUGCUUUCAUUUCAGACAGCAGAGUUUUCCAGAGUUGCUCUGCCCCUCAAACAGCAUUGCUCUUUAGUAUGUGUUUAACCUGUGGUUUGAAAGAAAUGCUCUUGUACAUUAACCAUGUAAAUUUAAAUGAUUAAAUUAAAUUACAUUUUAUCAAUG